AUGCUCAAAUUUGUGAUAUUCUCAUCGGUUUUGAUAGCCCUCGCCUCAUCAAUCGAACUCACAUUCGAGCUUCCCGACAAUGCGAAUCAAUGCUUCUAUGAGGAUCUGAAAAAGGAUGUUGACACUGUUUUUGAGUUCCAGGUGGUCACCGGCGGUCACUACGACGUUGAUUUGAUUAUCGAGGAUCCAAACGGCAAAACUUUGUACAAAGACACCAAAAAACAAUAUGAUAGCAUAAAUUUCAAAGCAGAGGUUGAAGGAACGUACAAAGCGUGUUUCUCCAACGAAUUCUCCACUUUCUCGCAUAAAAUCGUCUACAUGGACUGGCAAUUCGGAGAUCAGAAUGCUCUUCACGCAGCAGUUACUCAAGGAGCUCAUGCUAUGACUCAAUUGGAGAAUUAUGCUGUGGCGAUUGGAGAUAAAUUGAGAACAAUCGACGACUACCAAACCCAUCACCGUCUCCGUGAAGCCACCGGUCGCAAGCGUGCCGAAGAACUCAACGAACGUGUAAUGAUCUGGUCGUUGGGACAAUCCGCUGUUGUCGUUUUCAUUGGUAUCGGACAAGUCUUCCUGCUCAAAUCAUUCUUCAAUGAUAAAAGAACUCGUUAUUAG